GGAAAACAUUGGAGAAGCGCAGUGAUACCAAAGAGAAACGCACCGCAGACAGGUGCAUGACGCAAAACAGAAACCCCAGUAGUAGCAGAUUUGGCUAUUUUUACAACUAAGAAACGCCGUCGGAAAACAUUGGACAGCCUUUGUAAUUGUACAGAAUGACAAUAAGAGUCGGUGCUAGUAUCUGAUCUCCCUCCUUUCCCAGAGUGGUUGUCUACACCAACACACACCUUAUUCAUUCUGCUCUCCUCCAGCAUGUCAGGUGGUUACACUCCAGCCCCUGGGGGCCCCUUCUCAGCCCUGACCUCCAGUAUGUGGCCCCAGGACAUCCUGGCCAAGUACUAUCAGAAGGACCCAACAGAGGAGGCAGAACUGCAGUAUGAUGAGUUUGGCUUCAGGCUGGACAGUGAUGAUGGUGUAGAGCCAGAGCCGAGGCCAGAGCCCCAGAGAGAGGACCCCCAGCAGAGGCUGCGCUGGCAGGCCCACCUGGAGUUCACCCACAACCACACCGUAGGAGACCUGACCUGGGACCUCAUCUCCCCCGUCCUGCCCCACUCUGAACGCCUCCGCUCCCUGGUGCUGGGGGGCAUACCACACAGCAUGAGACCACAGUUGUGGAUGCGUCUGUCUGGAGCUCUGCAGAAGAAAAGGACUACAGAGAUCUCCUACAAAGAGAUCGUUAAGAACAGCACCAACGACGAGACCACUGCUGCCAAACAGGUACUGGAUGCUGAGAUAGAGAAGGACCUGUUGCGGACCAUGCCCUCCAACGCGUGUUUCUGCAGCCUGCAGAGUGUGGGUGUUCCCAGGCUGAGGCGGGUACUGCGGGGCCUGGCAUGGCUCUACCCAGACAUUGGCUACUGCCAGGGCACAGGCAUGGUGGUGUCAUGUCUGUUGCUGUUCCUGGAGGAGGAGGACGUGCUGUGGAUGAUGUGUGCCCUGAUCGAGGACCUGCUGCCACCCUCCUACUUCUCCUCCACCCUGCUGGGGGUCCAGACAGACCAGAGGGUCCUCAGACAGCUCAUAGUCCAGUAUCUACCAAGCCUGGACAGGCUUCUGCAGGAGCACGACAUCGAGUUGUCUCUGAUCACGCUGCACUGGUUCCUGACAUCGUUUGCCAGUGUGGUGGACAUCCGCAUCCUGCUGAGGAUCUGGGACCUGCUGUUCUACCAGGGCUCUGUGGUCCUCUUCCAGGUCACACUGGGCAUGCUCAAGAUCAAGGAGGUUGACCUUCUCCUCUCUCCCCUACAGGAGGAGGAGCUGGUGUCCUCUGAGAACUCUGCGUCCAUCUUCAACACGCUGUCCGAUCUGCCCAGCCAGCUGGGUGACGGGGCUGCAGUACUGGGGGAGGCCAUGAGGCUGGCGGGGGCGCUGUCCCAGGACACACUGGAGGCCCAGAGGAACAAACACCUGGCUUACAUCCUCAAUGAGCAGGCCCAGCUCAACACCAACAACUCCCACACACUCAACAACAACCUCAAUAAAGUUGUGAGGAGACAGUCGCUACGUAGGAAGUCCACUCUGAGCUCUCUGUUGUGGGGUGAGGACGAGGCGGAGGCUCUCAAGUCUAAGAACAUCAAGCAGACAGAGCUGGUAGCAGCGCUCCGAGAGGCCAUCACCCGCACCGCUGAACACUUCCACUGUCUGGACCCCCGACACACCAGCACUGACCUGACUCCAGACUACUCCAUGGAGAGCCACCAGAGAGACCACGAGAACUUCCUGGUUGUGUCUCGUAACCGACGGAGACGGGCCAAAGCCCUGUUGGACUUUGAGCGCCAUGACGACGAUGAACUGGGCUUUAGGAAGAACGACAUCAUCACAAUUUUUUCCCAGAAAGAUGAGCACUGUUGGGUGGGAGAGCUCAACGGGCUGAGAGGUUGGUUUCCAGCCAAGUUCGUAGAAAUCCUCGAUGAGCGGAGCAAAGAGUACUCUCUGGCGGGUGAUGACUCGGUGACUGAGGCGGUGACAGACCUGGUCAGAGGGACGUUGUGUCCUGCCCUGAAGGCCAUCUUCCAACACGGUUUGAAGAAACCCUCCAUACUGGGAGGACCCUGCCACCCCUGGCUCUUCAUAGAGGAGGCAGCCAGUAGAGAGGUGGAGAGGGACUUUAACUCGGUCUACUCCAGACUGGUGCUGUGUAAGACGUACAGAUUAGAUGAGGAUGGCAAGGUUCUCACACCAGAGGAGCUCCUCUACAGAGCGGUGCAGUCUGUAAAUAUGAGCCACGACUCUGCACACGUUCAGAUGGACGUCAAGUUCCGCUCGCUCCUCUGCGUGGGCCUCAAUGAGCAGGUGUUACACCUGUGGUUGGAGGUGUUGUGUUCCAGUAUGCCUGCAGUGGAGAAGUGGUACCAGCCCUGGUCCUUCCUACGCAGCCCAGGAUGGGUCCAGAUCAAGUGUGAGCUCAGGGUUCUCUCAAAGUUUGCCUUCAGUCUCUCUCAGGACUGUGAGCUGCCUGCCAAGAAAGAGGAGAAAGAUCAGAGGCCACUGAAGGAAGGAGUCCAAGACAUGUUGGUGAAGCAUCAUCUCUUCAGCUGGGACAUCGAUGGCUAGAAACACACACCCAAAGCCUGCAAAAAACUCCCCUGCCCAACACAUGCUGUGUCUACCAGAGUGAUCUUUCUGUUUCUUUCAUAUUGACUGCUAUGUCAGAACCCACUACUAGUGUUUCCAUCACUACCUCUCACUAGGAAGUAUUGUAAUGUUCAGACAUUUGAUCAUCAUUCUACAAACACAUUGAUAUGCAUCGUGGUUUCACUUCCUCGUCUCAACUAAACUGCAUCCGAAGCCUUUCUACUGAGGAUAGUACACUAUAGGGGGCGCGUUCAGUAAGACGCAACUUUAUGGAAUGUUCAGAUAGAAAUAAGCAUUGUAGAACAAACAUGCCUCUGACAUGUAGAAUAAGGAAUAACAUCAGCUCUAUUCAUGGCAUUUCUAUCUGCAAUGUUUGGCAACUUACCGUGGCCAGGUUAUCAUUUGAGACACCAAAAGACUUUCCAUGUCUAUCAACGAAUUACAUUUACUUUCUGAGCUUGCUAACAAAUCAAAGGUCUUUUGAUGUGUCUAUUAAGGAAGCAAUUAGUAUGUAACCAAGGUUGAUAGUCCUCUCUGUCACCAUGGCUGUUAGUUCUUGGGUGAAGCUACUGUGUAUGUUGUCCACACCAGUGUUUCUGAUACUUUAGAUCAGGUGCAGAAGACUAUUAAUAUACAGAAAGUGCUGAUUGUAGCAUUCCUUAGGUACAGAGUAGUCACCUCUACUGUGCCAUAUGAAGUACUUCCUCAGACUCAAGGACUGGGGUGUAUCACUAAGAACCAAACCGGGAGGAAUGUACCUGAAUUUGUCCCAGAGAAACUUGUUUUUGUUGUGAAACGUUUUGCUACAGUGGGCACUGAUCUGAUGUCGUAGUAGCACCUGUGUCCGUGUGUCCUGCUACCAGUACUGUAGUAGGAUGUGCUGAUUGAGAAGUGGAACGUACUCCUGUGUCCGUGUGUCCUGCUACCAGUACUGUAGUAGGAUGUGCUGAUUGAGAAGUGGAACGUACUCCUGUGUCCGUGUGUCCUGCUACCAGUACUGUAGUAGGAUGUGCUGAUUGAGAAGUGGAACGUACUCCUGUGUCCGUGUGUCCUGCUACCAGUACUG